AUGCAGACGUCAAUCGGACGCACCGCCGGGCGCGCCCCUCUCGCGCCCACAGCACCCCUGCAGCGCCCGCGGGCCCGCGUCGCCGCUCGGGCCUACCUCGAGCAGGAGCGCCGCGCGGCCGGCGCCGCGCCCGCGGGCUAUGCCAACCAGCUUGAGGCCCUCAAGGCCAUGAGUGUGGUGGUGGCUGACACCGGGGAGCCCGACCUGGUCAAACUCUACAAGCCAGGUGGGGCCCCGCUGCAAGGCGCGUCGCGGGGGCCCUAA